UGGUCGUCGGUCCUCGCCCGGGCCCAGCCGCGCUGCGCUCCUCAUGAGCGGCGGCGGCUGAGGAGGCUUCGCCCCGAGCGGAGGUGAGGUUCAAAUUACUGAGCACAGAUUUUCUUUUCACUAUUGAAGCAUUCUGGUUCAUCAUCCAUCCCUAAGCACCCUCAGUCUGACUUAACUAGUUGUGGAAACAUGGCAACUGAAGAAAAGAAACCAGAGGCAGAAGCCACAAAAACACAAUCUACACCUUCCUCAUCAACCAAUCAGAGCAAGCCUGCACCUGUAAAGCCAAACUACGCAUUAAAGUUCACACUAGCAGGACAUACUAAAGCCGUAUCUUCGGUAAAAUUUAGUCCAAAUGGAGAAUGGUUAGCAAGUUCUUCUGCAGAUAAGCUCAUUAAAAUUUGGGGAGCAUAUGAUGGAAAAUUUGAGAAAACAAUAUCUGGGCACAAACUGGGAAUCUCGGAUGUUGCCUGGUCAUCAGAUUCCAAUCUUCUUGUAUCUGCUUCUGAUGAUAAAACUCUUAAGAUAUGGGAUGUUAGCUCUGGGAAGUGUCUAAAAACACUGAAGGGUCACAGUAACUAUGUCUUUUGCUGCAACUUCAAUCCCCAAUCCAACCUCAUCGUUUCAGGAUCUUUUGAUGAAAGUGUAAGGAUAUGGGAUGUGAAAACAGGGAAGUGCCUCAAGACUUUACCUGCUCAUUCUGACCCAGUUUCAGCAGUUCAUUUUAAUCGUGAUGGAUCCUUGAUAGUGUCAAGUAGUUAUGAUGGUCUCUGCCGAAUCUGGGAUACAGCAUCAGGUCAAUGUUUAAAAACACUUAUUGAUGAUGAUAAUCCUCCUGUGUCUUUUGUGAAAUUCUCUCCAAAUGGUAAAUACAUUCUUGCUGCAACUCUGGACAACACUCUUAAGCUAUGGGACUACAGCAAAGGGAAGUGCCUGAAGACAUACACUGGUCACAAGAAUGAGAAAUACUGCAUUUUCGCUAAUUUUUCGGUCACUGGUGGAAAGUGGAUUGUGUCUGGGUCAGAAGAUAACCUGGUUUACAUUUGGAACCUUCAGACAAAAGAGAUCGUACAGAAAUUACAAGGCCAUACAGAUGUUGUGAUUUCAACAGCUUGUCACCCUACAGAAAACAUCAUUGCAUCAGCCGCAUUAGAAAAUGACAAAACAAUUAAACUCUGGAAGAGUGACUGUUAAGCCCUUUCGAUGUCAUGUUAGAGACUGUAUCAAGAAGUAGGUCCUAUGAGGCAAGAAACUAAGAUAUUUGAGAAUAGUUUCUUGGCCUAAAGGGAAAUCCCCUUUUUUCUUCCCUGGAAUGGGUAGCCUGGUGAGAAGAGGCAGCAUCUGCCUUAUUUGACAAAUGGAUCUUUUUCUUAUUUUUUUGUUUUAAGGGGAAAAAAUUUGCUUGUAUUACUAGAAGGUCCCAAAAGACUUUGGUGAUGCUUCUUGCCAACUCUCCUGAUGCUGUCAAAGGAAGAGUUUCAAUCUAUAUUGUGUUAUAAAUCGAGUCAGCAAAAACCUGAAUUUUUAAUUUUUUAUUACAGAAGGAUAAAUUUCAUUUCAUCAUGAAUUUUUCCUCAACUAAAUGUUCUGUAAUUUUUUAAAAGAUAUCACUUACCCACUUCUAACUCUGUGACCAAAUACAACCAUGUAAGUUUUUGGCUUUCUAUCCCCCAGUUUCACUGACCUUGUGGCGAAAUAUCUUUUAAUCUUCUGUAUAGUUUUACCUCUUGAUAUGUAUGUUUAAUAGAUAUAUCACAAGUUGUCUACUUUUUUCCCCCCAAACAUUAAUUCCUGCUUGUAAAAGUUCACAGCACAUUUUGAAGUCUUUCUGGGGAAAACAAAAACAAAACUCAGAACAUUGUAAAGUUUUUCAAUGUAAAGACAAUUUUGUAUCUUUAAAGUUCAUACUAUGGAACUGUUAAUGGCAUGACUGUAUACUUCAGCCUCAAUAUUUUCCCGUUUGUCACACUCUUGUUUACACAUCUGACAGUACCAUGUGCUGUAAUAAAAAGGUGGGAUUUUGUGUAUGUGUGGCAGCUGUGUUCUAAUAUGCAGUGUUUGUGUCUGUUUAGUUUCUUACAUUCACAAGUGGCAAAAAAAGCUCUUGACAAGACAUAUUUGCCCUAGUGGUUUAUUCAGUCUUCCUUAUCGCUGUAACAUGUAGCCAUAAACUUGUCUGUGAAGGGUAUGUUUCAAGCUAUAUUUUGUACUUGUGAAAUAAUAAACAGGAUACUACAUCUCAGUGGAAUAGACAGGGAAAGAAGCCACACCUCAAAUAUGAGAAGCAACAGCAUGUUAGUUGCUGAAAUGGCUCCCACUGAAGGUCAAAUUACUGGUCAGAUGUGGAGUUCAGUGUGACAGGUACAGCUACAAUUGAAUGCAUUGCCUGUCCUGUCACACUCAGCCUAUCAGUGUUAGCCUCCCAAUGCCUUUCCUAAAACAGAAAAAUCUGUUUAGAUCUAUUUGUUUUUCCCAAUUUAAAAAAAAAAAAGCUUAAAUUAAGGUCUUGGUAGGUCCACUAAAUAUAGCUUGAGAUACAUGCUUAUCCAUAUGAAGUACCCAGGUUUCCCUGUUUGGGCGCUUCUCUAGCAUCCAUUUCAUUCAGUGGCAUGACAACUUUCAGGAAGGUGCAAAAUAUUAAAUCUAGCCUUCUCAUUUCUAAGAUAGAAAUGUAUAGUUGGAACUCUGAAUAAUGUGGCUGUUUAAUGAGUUUUUAUUGCCCAAGUUGGAUUUUAACUUCUUUACCUUUGUGAGAUUGGAAGUCUUUCUUAGUCAUAGUCUGUUGAACUUCAGACCUGGUUAAUGAUUCCCCUGGGGAGAGAAUCUGAAGUGGUUGCUUAGGGAGAACUAAGGUAGAGAGAACACAUUUUAAGAAUUGGGUUUUGUAGUGCUUGUAACAAACCAUGACAGUCUUCUGGUGUUCACCAAAAUCUUUUUUGAAUCCUAAGGGUAGGGUGGGACGGGUAGGGAGUGAGAGCCUCUUAGAACUAGAUGAGUAGAUCAGGUUUUUUUAGUCAGUGUCUUGCUUUCCACCCUGUUUGAAACCUGAAUGAGAUGUAUUACUCCAUGGAAUGCCACAAGCCAUUUUAUUGAUAUGCACCUCUAUAGACAGUGUUAGUGUGAUUGCAUGCUGCUGAAGAGACUGAUUCUCGUCUCCUAUAGGAAAAGUCAAUGUUCUGUUUCUGUUAAAACUGCCAGAAUGAAGCCAUGGGCUCGUUUGGAAUUGGUGCUAAGACUACAAACUGUGACUCGAUGGGAUGAAGCAGUUGUAGCCUCUCCUGUGGACUUGGCUUUCUGCAUGUAGUGCUCACUAAUAACUGGGCAGUGGGAUUGACUGUAAAAUACAGCCGUUUCCUAAAAUACCUUCCAAUGGUUGGCUGCAGUUAUUGAGUAGAACAAUCAUGUAAGGCACUUGGAAAAACGCUUCUGACAGUUUUCUUCCCAUUUUUGACUCGUGUGUCUACAUUUUACGUGUACUCAUAUCAACACAUGUGUGUUAGGUUGGCUUAUUCAUUCAUAAAGACUUUUCCAGCCUAAGGGUCAGAAAAAAAAUUGUAUAUAAGCCUAAUACAAAUGAUUGAAAUGCAAAAAAAAAAA